UUUUGCUACACGCACACAGUUGUCAGCAGAGUUUCUCAAUCUGUCACUUCAGUAGGUGGAGUGCCAUUGAUGGACAAUGAAAGACCAGGACACCGCAUCGGUGACUUUUUGACUACUCCCCUUACCCGACGAGCCUUUCACUCGAUAAAGUAUCGCUGCCACCUUUUAACAUUACCAGUUAGCCUCUUUUUUUUUAGCAUUAGAGCAACACCCAUGCCAGAAGUUACCAUGCUAAGUCCUGCUAGCUGCUGCUACACGUAGCUAUGUUUCUCCAGCUUGAGCUGCAAUCUCCGGCGACGAGAGCAUCAGUUCAACACUAACAGACCUUUUUUUUUUUUUAAUAAGCUAACUAAGUAGAGUUUGGCUAGUUUCCCGCUGUUGAACACGAAGCUAUCAACCUGUCAGAAAUGGGGCUACACCCGCUGGAGUUUAGUGAGUGCUAUCUGGACAACCCCUGCUUCAGGGAGAAAAUCAAGGCGCACGAAGCGGAGCUGGAAAAAACCAACAGGUUUAUCAAAGAACUGUACAAAGAUGGGAAGAACCUCAUCAACGCGACAAAGCAGCUUGGGAUGGCGCAGCGGAAGUUUGCCCAGUGCCUUGGAGAGUUCCACUUUGAGUACAUUGGCGAUGCAAAAACAGAUGAUGAGAGAUGCAUCGAUGAGUCUUUACAAGAGUUCUCCUCAUUCCUCAAAAACUUAGAAGAUCAAAGAGAACUAAUGAUGAGAAACAUCACAGAAACUUUAAUGAAACCUCUGGAGAAGUUCAGGAAAGAGCAGAUCGGUGCAGUGAGGACGGAAAGAAAAAAGUACGACAAAGAAACGGAGAAAUACUACAGCUCCCUGGAAAAGCUUUUAAAUAUGUCUGCAAAGAAGAAAGAGCCACAGCUACAAGAGGCCGAUGUCCAGGUGGAAACCCUAAGACAGGCCUUUCAGGGGGAGUCACUUAAUUAUGUGUGUAAGCUGCAAGAUAUCCAAGAAAAAAAAAAGUUUGAGUGUGUGGAACCGAUGCUGGCUUUCUUUCAGACUUUAUUCACCUUUUAUCACCAAGGUUAUGAGCUUGCCAAGGACUUUGAUCAUUAUAAAAGAGCACUGCAGAUCAAUAUUCAGAAUACGAGGAGUCGAUUCGAGGGCACACGAUCUGAGGUGGCAUAUCUGAUGAAAAGGUUUAGUGAGACACCCCAAGUAUACAGACAGACCAGCCCUAUUAGUUUUGAAGGCUACCUCUAUGUACAAGAAAAACGACCACCUCCUUUUGGUUCAAGCUGGGUGAAGCGCUACUGCACAUUUGUCAAAGAGCAGAAGAUCCUGCACAUGGUGACAUUUGACCACAGAUCAGGUGGAAAGAUUGGUGAGACAGAGUCCAUCACUCUCAAAUCGUGUCUCCGUAAAACGACCGACAUGUUGGACAGGAGAUUCUGCUUUGACCUGGAAAUAACAGAUCGGCCAGGAACGGUGCUCACUGUGCAGGCCCUGUCAGAAGAUGACUACAAGCUCUGGAUGCAGGCCAUGGGUGGGAAGGAGCCUAUUGGUUUGGGGUAUUUUGGUGGUAAUCAGUCUAAAGAACGAGGAAUUGAUGCCCAGUUGGACGAUGUGGGUUUAAACUUUAUGAAGUAUUCCAUCAGUGCAAUAGAGUCAAGAGGUAUUAAUGACCAGGGUCUGUAUCGCGUUGGGGGGGUGAGCUCCAAAGUCCAGAAACUUCUCUCAUUGAUGAUUGAUGAGAAGAGUAACGAAGUGGAUCUAUCGACCAGUGAAGACUGGGAUAUCAAGACGAUAACCAGUGCACUGAAGCUUUAUCUGAGGAGCCUACCUGAGCCACUGAUGACCUAUGGACUUUACAAAGAGUUCAUCAGCCUUGCAAAGGGGGGUAGUCCUGAGUCUCGCAUCCAAGCCGUCCACUGUUUGGUCCACAAGCUACCGGAGAGGAAUCGGCAAGUCCUCGGGCUGCUUAUGAAGCAUCUGGCCAAUGUGGCAGCACACAGUAAAGCGAACCUGAUGACUGUGGCCAACCUGGGUGUGGUGUUUGGUCCCACGUUAAUGAGGCCACAGGAAGAGACCGUUGCUGCCAUCAUGGAUCUUAAAUUUCAAAACAUUGUGGUGGAGAUUCUCAUUGAACACCAUGAAAAGAUCUUUGCAGAUGCUCCGGAUUUAAGCCCUUUUACACCUGCUGGCCUUGUAUUAGCUGCUCCCACAAGACAGUCCAAAAAACAGAGUCGACAGAGCCGACCCUUGGCCGUCUACAAUCCACAAGUCCUCGACAUCCCGAAUGCAGAUAGUCCUAACCUAACUGCGGAUGAGACGUCAAUGGGCAGCAAUGAGUCGGUAUCAUCACAGUCGUCAUCGGCCUCGACCUCCGAGCUCGCUACAGAUAAGACCGAGCACGCAUCGUUGACUGCCAGCCUCAGCUCAGACAACGACUCCCGAUCCCGUCUGUUAGCUGCAUGUGGAGCUUCAGGUGAGAGUCAGCCUGCUGCCACGACAGCUGCUUCUGAAAAAGAAAAGCAAGAGCAAAGUGUCACCGGCAGGAGAGCCAAGGCAGUGUACCCAUGUGAGGCAGAGCACGACUCGGAGCUCUCCUUCCAGGUCGGCGCGAUAUUCAGCGCUGUGACCCAGUCCAGAGAACCAGGCUGGCUUGAGGGGGACCUGGAUGGAAAGAGGGGCCUCAUCCCUGAAAACUACGUGGAGAUGCUGUAAAACCAAAUAUAAAAAAUAGAAAUAUUUAUAUUUAUGGACACAUUUCUGGCAUUCACCAAGGAUUCACCGUUGACCUUUUUUCAACAUGAGUUACUGUAACUCAAUCUAGACACAUAGAUUUUGCUGCAUUUGCAAGCUUGGCCAAGUAUUCAGCUUCACCCCAGUAGAUGCAGAUUGGGAAUGUUCUCUCUAUGUUCUGCUGUAUGUCAUGAUGCUGCAGCCUCUGGAUGUCCUGUUGAUGUUGCAGCACCAGCAAACAAGUUUCUACCCGAGCUCACUCUCCUCUACCAACUUAUACAUGGUAUCCAUGAGCUCCCCGUCCAUAAGGAGAUCUUCAGGAACUUUACAGUUGAAUGUUCACUUCUCUAUAGCCUUUACCUCUCUUGAUCUUGAUAUUUUAUUUGAAUAGACAUACCCAUGCGCCUUUACAAUCAAAACACCCAGUGGUGUUAAUGUAUGCACGAGUACGUCUGAAAAUGAAUGUUUGGCUGCUUUUACCCGUUAAGUUUUAUUCUUCUGCUACUUUAAGAUUAUCUAGCUAUUGAACUGAGGCACAUUGCCACUGAACUAUUAUUUAAUCGGCACGUUUAUUGCAUGCUGUUUGAAUUUUAAAUACACUUUAUAUUAUUGUUGUGUUCUUGUUGCACUCUUUCACAGAUACACAGUGAAAAGCCUUCACUGGUGCCUGACUAACCCUGUCACGUUAACAUCAGACGGAUCGUUUUAGUAUCAGAACGAUUCAAACCAAAUUGCUUUCGAGACAAGUCUGUUUUCAGAAGCUUUCUGCUUAACGUUGCUCUAGUUUCUCCUAGCUGCUAAAAGGACACACUCCAACCAUUGAGUGAAAUAAUUCUGGUUUUCACAGCUGUUCAUGACCUCGUUUUUUGAGUUAUGUUCAUUUUCUUCUGUGAUGAACUGGUUUUAAGUUUUGAUUUAGUUUAGUUUUAGCAUGUUUACACAUCAGAAAAUGUUUCAGCCCACAGCUGCUGUGCUAAACUGUCAUUAGACUGAGAACUUUGGUUUAGCUCAUUCUGUUUUCAUUUGUGGUAACACCAAUUUAGGACAAUUUGGGACUUCUUUGCCUUGAUUUCUUUCUGUUUUUAUCUGUCACUAUCCGUUCGACCAAUGUUAAAUAAAGAGUUGUUUUUUCUCUUGUAAAAUGUAUUCUCGAUAAAAAAUAAAAUUUAUUAUUGAUCAAUUUUAAAUUUAAAA